AUGCUUGAAUAUCAAGGAAUUGAUCAAGACGCAUACAUAUCGAAAGGACACAAAUUUAUUAACGAGUACGUGGAAGGGACUCGAUACAAUACAAACUUCGCUCUGACCAAACUUUUCUCUGGAAAGGGGUGUUUUGAGGAAUCGAAAGUGCCGGAGAAGUCGGCGUUCGAUGACGGAGCGCUCCUUCUUCUCAUGAAGCUGAACACUCUGGUGGAUGUGACGCAGUGAGUUCUACUAGUGUUGCCAGUUCGACGGCGAAUCCAUCAAUGCCCGCCGGGUGCCGGAGCCGGACCGCCUCAGUGGGCGGGGCAGGCGAUUCGUGAGAAUCUGGCUCGUUGCCAGGCGGACGACGUAAUGGGCGGAGCCUGGCGACGACGGCAGCCGAACAAGCGCCAUUAUUGA